CAUGGAUUGCAUUUUACUGUUACGAAAUUGUAGAUGAACAAGGCACAUUAAGUUAUAAGUCUUUCAAGCUUAUUGCAGAUUGCUGAUGCUCUUUACUACAAUGCAACAAUGACACUUGGCAUAUUGCAAAAGCUUGGGGUGGCAGCAGAAGUUUUUAAUCUCUUGUUUCAGAUGCUACAACAGGUUAAAAAAAGUGGUUUGCAUGCUAAUUUUAGAAGGGAACAUGAUAAGAAAGUUUGCUUGUUGGAAUUGACUUCACUUCUUGCACUCCCUGCGGACCAGUUACCCGGAGAAGCACUGGAACGUUUGUUUCGAGCAACACUUGACUUGCUUGUUGCUUACAAGGAUCAAGUUGCAGGUACUGCUCAUUUCAUUGGAUGCUUUUUCUUUUCUUUUUCCUCUUUCCUUUUCUUUAAACUAAUAAACUCAAAUUCAUAACUGAAAAUCAAUGUG